AUGAUGCAGCCAACAUAAAUGGAUAUAGAGAAUGAUCAUUCUGCAAAAUAAAAUGGAGGAGAAAAGUAAAUUGUAGAUGAAAUAGAUUUGAUUUAUGUACCUUUUAGAUCUCCUAUCCAUGUUUUAUAGUUUCCAAUAUAAGAAAAAGAUAAUUAAGAAUUUGAUAAGUAUUUGUAAGUGUCUCACUGCGACUAUCGCACUUUAUAAAAGCGUUUAGAUAUUCAUUAUAAACUGCGUGCUCCUAUUGAAAAUUUUUCUAUCGAAGAAGAAAUGUCAAGGAGAAAUAUGGAUGGAAUGCUAUCAGAUGAGGAGGAUGAAGAUCCCAAGAAGAAGUAAGAUAAAAAUGUUGCAGUUACUUAUACUUCUAAACUGGUGUGCAAUCAAACAAAUUAUUUUGCAACUAAAUAUGAUCCUAUUACAAAAUAGUUAAUGUGCUAUUCUAUUGACUCAUUUCUUCAAAUGAGACCAAAAUUAGUAGAUAAAGAAGAAAAAAGAGAAAAAGAUAACAUUAAAAAUAUUGCCAAACUCAGCAAAGAAAAAGAAAGAGAUGAAUAGCUGAGAAAAAAGCAUCCUUAAAAGUAUACAGAAAUGAAGUUAAAAAAUUUCAAUUCAUUUAAAGAAAUAUAUGAUUCUGAGGAGCCAAUUCGUUUAAAUUAUCAUGAAAAAAUAGAUCAAAUUUCUGAUAAGAGGUUUCGUUGUUUUUCUGAACCACCUAAAGAAAUAAUACCUUUAGUUCCUGUGACAAAAAGUGAAUAUUAAGAAAAUUUAGAAACUGGUGGAUUGAAUAUGAGUUGA